ACGCUGCACGGAGCAUGCAUAUCUCCUUUCUAUGACGCUUCUCUUUUCCCUUCUGAGGGCGGUUACAUUGGUGGCCGUCUUUGUUCUGUCCAAAGCCAGGAUCCGAAUUCACCCCUAUGCUGCUUACCCUGCCCAGCAUCAUAUUGGGCCUACUCAGACAACUUCGAUACUUUGGGCACCGUCUCAGGCUGGCUCAAUGUUGUUGGCUUGAUACUCCAGACCUUCAUGCUACUUUCGAACACUUUCCUGCCUGCCACAAGGACUCGAAGCCAUUAUCUAACGCAAUGUCUAAUCAUAGCAGUGAUAUUCAUCAACCUCGCCUUUGUUAUACCCCUGGGAGCAGAACCGGAUCAGUGUUACGACGGAAUUACGCCUAAUGAUAUGUACACAUCGAUGACUUGUGCAUGGUCUGGGGCGUUUUUGCUAGCUGGUGCGCUAGCCGGUUCUUUCUGGAUUCUCAUUCGCGCAUUCUCUAUGCACCUUACUGUCGUCUGGGAUAUCGUACCGGGCCCACGAUUCUUCAAUAUUUCACAGGCUGUAGGAUGGGGCAUACCAGCAGCACUAUUCACUGCAGCCAUCAGCAUCUCAGGUGUAUCAUUCCGGUUCGGCAACGCUUGUCAUAUCAAUCACGAAGACUCUAUGGUGACCUUCUGGGGAUGGUUGCUUGCCGUUGCAGGUGCAGCGGUGAUUGUCCAAAUUAGCACCUUUGGAUACUGCCUUCGUGUCUUCUUCAACAGCCUCUGGGAGGACAGCGCAAGACCAUGCUCUCAGGGUUCUGCUAAAAGUCUUCCCAUGUCCGUGAUGAGCGCCAAAUCACGUAGAGCUCGUACAAUCUACCGUCGACUCAAGAACGUGCUAUAUCUACAGUGGCGAGGUAUUCUGAUCGUCACAAUUGUUCUCGUGGAUGUCAUCUUCUUCGCCGUUGUCUUCGUAUACCUCGACAAAAUCGAAGAGUCCAUGCUGCACGACUACACGCGAGUUAUGCCCUGGGUCAUCUGCCUCAUCCAAAGCGGCGGCGACCGCAAUCAAUGCUUCCACCUAAGUCACAAAUGGCUGAUCAGCGAACCAACAAUCGGAGCCAUGCUAAUAAUGAUCUCACUUCUCGGCAUCGAACUAUUCGUCCUCCUCUUCCGCUGGUCACUAAUCACAGGCUGGAAAGAGCGAUGGGCGACUAUGCGAAACCCCCAAGAAUUCGUAUCCUUGGAUGCAAGGAAA